CUAUCGAAAUAUUUAUUAUGUCCGUCCCCUUCCACAUUAAACAAACAAUUACACAAAAUUUCUUUCGAUACUGGGUGUAACAAAAUUAUAAUACUGUUACGACCUAACUAGGUCGAACCUGAAAUCCUCGUUGGCAUUUUUUAUGCAGACGUGCAAGUAAUCGUUACAAAAUUAAGUCACCUACUUUGUAGCACAAAGGAGGUGACACACAAGCAAUUUUGUUAAUCACGCAUAAAUUCGGUCUACUUAAGAAAUAUAAAAAGGUAAGCCUCGAACAUCUCGAGGCCGUUCCGAAAAGUGAAGUGAGAGUGCGCGUACUGUGAGAGUCUCCAUCUAAUCUCUAUACCACAACACAUUGUACAGUACGUAGACUUGUAAUUGAACAAUAAAAGCUCUUUGUACAACUCGAACGCUGGCCUAUAAUUAUUGGAGGACAUCGAGCCUUCAUAAACCGACACCGCACGUCCAAACUGUGGUUCUGCAACGCCCUGAGCGGCACGUAGUGUCUUGAAGAUACUGCAGGUGGCUGACCCGUAAAUGCUAUAAACGGUGCCCGGAGCGGCACCCUUGCACCCGGAGCGGUACAACAAUACAAUAUCUAAAAUUACUUUCAAUUGAAAUUGAUACUCAAGAUCUAAGAUGUAUACUUAUAUGGGACGAAGUAGCUAUACAACCUGCCUUAUAUUACGAUAAAAGGACAGAUAAGAUCAUAGGUUUUGAAGAUUGGGGACAUAGAAGGACGAGAAAAUUUGCUGACCACGCUAUUGUCUUCUACCUCAGAUGUUUGGCAUCAGGCAACCACAUGCCAAUUGGUUAUGAUUACUGCACUGGAGCAACCAAGACGAUAUAAUUAUCGAGAUGUAUAAAAGAGUGGCUAACAAUACAAUUCAAUGCGGUUUCAAACCGGUUGCAACUGUUUGUGAUCAGGUGGCACAAAUAUUGCAGCAAUCAAUUAAAGAUACACAAUUGAUGUUGCAAAAAGAAAACCAGGCAUUGCACAAUAAGAGACUAAUACCAAAUAAUACAUUUUCGAUAAAAGGACAUAAUAUAGUACCAUUGUUUGAUCAUGUGCACUUACAAAAAGGAAUUCGUAAUAAUUUUGUCUUAAAAGAUUUAUUAUUUACUAGCGAUGAGAAUAAAAUAAAUAAUAAUAAGCCACAGAUAAAAUAUGCCUCAUGGGAUGCAAUAACAGCAAUGUACGAAAUAGAUAAAUUUUUUUCACGGAGGCAGUGUGGAAGACUAUUGAAAAAAUUAGUAGACAAAUACAUAUAUCCGACUUUGAUUCCCAAAAUGAAGGUGAAGUACGUAGUACAAGUACUGAGUCACACGGUUGGAACUGUUCUUGAGUUUUGUGGGCUUUUGAAAGAAGAUGAGUUUGAAACAACUAAAGGAUCUAUCAAGUUGCCUGAGUGCACUCUUGCAACAGCAGAUAUUAUUUACUUCUUGGAUGAUUUGUUCGAUUCGUUUAAUGGAAGAAAGGGACAACGUUUGAGUAGCAUAAUAAGUCAGCAAAGUAAUCACAUGCUAUUUUUUGGCGAAAAGUUAUAAGUACACUUCGCAGGAUGGAGUUUGUCGAAAAAGAAACUCGUAAAUCAAUCAGAAAAAAUGCACCAAAGUGUAUUAAAAAUUGGAUUUGAACUAUUCAAGGCGCACAAAUUUUAUGGAGAAAACUUAAAAAUUCUAACUUUUCCAAUUUCAAUUUAAGAUACAUUAAUUGAGAUGGGGUGAUCCCGAUUGACCACGGCUCGAUUGGACACCACCAAUCACAGCGACCGGU